AUGCCCAAAGAACAAGUCCGCAAGAGAGGAAAGAGAAAGACAAAGGCCCAGGAGGAGGAGGCUCCUGCUCCCGUGGUCGCUCCCACAACGCAUGUGGCGGACCCAGAACCCUCGACUUCGACUGGACUGCACCCUGCUCGAGCUGCCAUGCUCGCUGGACGUCCCAUGCCCAGGCAGGCACCUGCUCCCGAGGCGCCCCGACAAGAAGGCGAAGAAGGUGCCGAGGGCGCUGAGCUUGCUGAAGGCGAUGGAAUUGAUGGCCAGGCCGACUGGACGAGGGGACCUAGGACAGAGUCUGAAUUUCCGUUCGGUAUUUUGGACCCGGAUGUGAAGGCGUACUUUAGGAGUAUCGAGGAUCAGAUUAAGGAUUGGGAGGGUGUAUCUUCUGCUGGAGAAGAGAGGGAAGCAGACCGACAAAUAUUCCUCUCCUCUGUGCUUUCCGAACUGCGAGGCCACGAGCUGUCAGCCUCUACCGACCCCGAGACGUCCAUCAUUCUCGAGAGGCUGCUGCCCUCGCUCAACGACUGGGGAAGAAGAGUUAUUGGAGAUUCGUUUGGAGACAAAUGGGAUGUCCUGCUGAGACACAGAUUCUCCAGUCACGUUGUGCAGACUUGGAUUACCCUUGCUGCCGACACUCUCGACCGAGAGGCUCGCGACGUUUGGCCGCCCCAGCAAGCUUCGCAAGACAUUUCAAGCGGCCAACUCCCCACCAUGUCCGACCUCAUCACCUCCAUCGUCUCCCUCCUCCUCCCCUCUAUCCCUCAACUAGUCUCAUCCCCAUACGCUUCCCCCCCUAUCCGUCUCCUCAUGCUUGUCCUCACCCCCAAACGGGCCCUGCCAGCUUUGGGCGAGGGCCAAGGUGACGAGAGUGGUAUCAUCAGGAGUAAGAGGUCUGGAAAGUGGAGAAAGGGACAGGAUGUCAAGGGCAAGAGUAUCCUGGGUGAGGAUGUUCCCAAGGACAAGUCAAAGCGCAAGCUUCCCAAAGAGCUCAAAUCGACGAGAAAGGAGAUUCGAGUGGCUUUGAUGGAGAAUCUCGAGGCGGCAGAGUGGAAGGCGAUGGCGGCCAAUGCGGUUGGGUGCCCGACAGUACAGCUCGUGCUCGAAUUCGAGGUGGACGACAAGGAGGUGGAGAAGGAGGGUUCGUUGUUUGACACUCUCACUGAGGGACUCGUCUCGCAGCUUGCUUCCGGCAAGACGGAAUUCGAGGCCCAGCCUUUCCUCCUGUCUCUCCUCGCUUCUCAAACCGGUACUCGACCCUUCGAGAGCCUUUUGCAGCUUUCCCCGGCACCCGUAUUUGGUGCGUUGUGGAAGACGUACUUUGAGGGCAAGCUGGGUAAGCUUGCGGGCCAUCCAUAUGCCAACUUUGUCGUUGCCAAGGGCGUGUCGAGGUUGGGCAAGGACCAGGUUGAGGAACUCAUCAAGGAGGUCAAGGGAAACAGCGGUGGUCGAGGUCUCAUCAAGGCCGCCAGAACGAGCGUCAUCCAAGCUCUCGUCGACCGCUCUCUCACCAUCCCCGAAAUCCAAAAACCCGUCCUCCAACUGAUAUUCUCCUGCCUCGAACUCCCCGCCACCUCCCAAAACACCCUUGUCCCCUGUCUGAUGACCCUCAAGACAUUCCCCAUGUACCAAGCUCUCAUCACCGGCGAGCCUUUACCGUUGUCGGCGUGGCAGAAUAGGAGGACGGCGAGACCGAAGGAUGAUCUGGCGCCCAAUAUACAGGGGUGUUUGAUUUUGCAGGCGAUGGUGGGGAUGGGCCAGGCCAACGCUUCUGUUUUGGAUUCUUUGACUUCGUUGCCCGUGGACGCUCUCAUCACCUAUGCCAAAUCCCCCAUCGCCUCCCGUCUCCUCGACAAGGUCUUUAUUGACCCCGCGGCGCCUAUCAAGUAUAGGAAGAAGCUCAUGAUGGUGUUUAUGGACCAUUACAAGCAGCUUGUGGAAGACAAGUUGGGAAGUAGGGUUGUGGAUACUAUUUGGGACAGGGCGGAUGGUUUCAUGAAGGAAAAAAUCGCUCGAUCGCUCAUACCACACCUCACCUCUCUCGGUGGCUCGCAAUACGGCAAAUACUUUGUCCGCCGAGCCGAUAUCGUCCUUCUCAACCGCCGUCCCGAAGAAUGGCGCGAAAAGAUCCUGGCUCUCAAACACCACUUUGCCCACCAAAAAGAGCCUGCUGAGGAGGUCAAGAGUGAGGUCAAGGAGAAGAAGAGAAAGGAGCAGAGGGAUGAUAUUGAUGAUUUGUUCGAUGCGGCGGAGAACAAGAAGCGGAAGACUGCUUAG